UUUAGUCAAAGGGAUUUAUUUGUAAACAUUUGCAAUGGCGCCCGUCUAAUUCUCUAAAUUCUCAGCUUAGUUUUUGUUCUAUAUCGGAUUUAUCUCGAGAAAUGCACGAAUAAAUAUUUUUUACUUUUCACUAGCAAUCAUUUGCUGAUAGAUGACGCUGCACUGCUUACCAUUUCUUUUUAAUUACAAUUCUAAUUCAUUCCAAUUAAUUACGUGAGGUAUCGAAACUCUGUCGUCGUACAGAAAUUUUCUUAAAGCGAAACAUUAAUUUUAGUUUUGGAUAGCUUGAAAAAUUCGGUUUCCAAUGCAUAGCGAAAUUUCAUUUUUUUGUUGUCGUGAAUAGGUUAGUUUCAACUCCAUCGUUCCACGACAGCGCACCGUUAGUGUUUCUCUCUUCGAGAAAUCGAACAAAUUUUUAAACAAUCAAUUAGAUAAAUUUGCAAUUUAAACAACCAUCACGUUUUGAUUUGAUUAGCAACUUGAGAGAUUUGUGGCACAGAUUCGUGCAAAUAGCCCAAAAAAGUUGUGAAAAAUGUUACACGUGAUUGGAUUGGGCCUUGGCGAUGCGACAGAUGUGACUGUAAAGGGUUUGGAAACCAUUCGAAUGUGCGAUCGUGUCUACUUAGAAUCGUACACAUCGAUUUUGUCUAUCAGUUUAAUGGAUUUGGAACAAUUUUACGGAUGUUCGAUACUGGAAGCUGACAGAGAAUUAGUUGAGAAUAAUGUAGAUGAAAUAUUGCCAAAAGACGAGAAGGAAAAUGUUGCUUUCCUGGUGGUAGGUGAUCCAUUUGGUGCCACUACGCAUUCAGACUUAAUAUUACGAGCUCGGGAGAAAGGUAUAAAGGUAAAGAUUAUUCACAAUUCAUCCAUUUUGACUGCAAUCGGCUGUUGUGGUUUACAAUUAUAUCGUUUUGGAGAAACUGUUUCUAUCCCUUACUGGAACAACAAUUGGCGACCAAAUAGCUUUUAUGAGAAAAUUAUCUCAAAUAGACGGAGGAAUCUGCAUACGUUGUGUUUGUUAGACAUUAAAGUGAAAGAGCCUACGACAGAAAGUAUCGUUAAAAAGAAAAAAGAAUAUAUGCCAGCUCAGUUUAUGAGCGUUUCAGAAGCUGCUACGCAAUUAUUAGAAAUCAUUGGGGAGAAAAACGAAGAAAAACUUGCGGAGGAAGCAGCACUGGAUGAAUCCAGUCUUGUAGUGGGUUUGGCUCGUGUAGGUUGGGAUAAUCAACAACGUAUCGUUGCUUGCCCUCUUGGGCAAAUGGCUUCUGUUGAUCUGGGCCCCCCUCUUCAUUCUUUAAUCGUUCCUGCCAUCGAAUUGCAUCCCCUCGAGUCGGAAUUUAUAACUCUACACACAUGCGAACAAAAACAUUAAGUUUUGUUAAAAGCUUAGAAGAAAUAAAAAAUAAAUAAAAAGAGACUUGCCGUCA